AUGAUUCGUGAGGACGGCACGCUGAGCGCGGAGGCGUUCGAAGUCGGCGUUCGAGAGAUAUUGAACGAUCGAAGUGGGUGCGUGCGCGGACGAUGGGUGGAAGAGACGACGUCGAUGGUUCGCGCGACGACUGCGAACGGGUACGGAGUUCUCGAGAGCGACUUCAGGGAGGAGACGCUCGAGAUCGUCGAGCGCGAGGGCGACGACGUGUUCGAUGACGACCAUGACGACGCGGUGGUGCGCACAGCGACGCGUGGGCACGUGCGCGAGUAUCGCGUCGUAUACUCGGCGACGUUUUGUGUUCCGGUGUUGUGCGUUCGCGCGCGAGACGCGACGACUCGAGCGGCGUGGACCGUCAGCAGACUUCUCACUUCGCUUCGUCGGGAGAACCCGUGCGUGCGAACGAAUGAUGACGAUCCGGUGCUCACGCCGUAUUCGAAUCCACACGAGCGUGAAAACGGCGAUUGGGCGUGCGUACAUCCGUGCGCCACGGCUGGCGCUAUGCGACUGUUACUCGCCGCCGACGCCGCCGCGACGUCUCCGCGACGAUACCUCGAAGCGUGGCUUCGAUGCGUCGCCCGCGAGGUCUCCCUCGCGCUCGAUGACGAUUGA